AUGACGUUCCAAACCGAAGAAAUCGUAGAAGUCCUAAACAAGUUACGUGCUUCCAUGACAUCGGAAGAAAUACAAAAAGUUAUGAUUGGAUGGUGGUUCAUUUGGUUUUUUAGAAACAAAGUGUGCUUCAAUGAGGAAGCCAUUAACAUUCAAAAUGCGGCUUUAAUCAUCAUCAAUUUCUGUGAGGCUUGGUCUAAUUCUUUGGAUGAGGAUGUGGGUGGUAACCCAUCCUCGAAAGGAGCUCCCACCCACCACCAGACAAAUUACCCUAUUUCGGUCGCCUGGACCCCCCCUCCCCGCGAUUGCUUCAAACUUAACUUUGACGGAUCCAAGUCAGAUUCUAAGCACUGCUCUUUUGGGUUCAUUAUUAGAGAUAGCUAUGGUAUACCAAUCCAUUUUGGGGCUAAGGCCCUGCCAGCCUCGUGGUCUAUCCUUAUGGCGGAAGCAAUGGGCAUGUAUAUUGGCAUAAAGACAGCGAUUUCCCUGGGCAUUAGCAAACUUCUUGUAGAAGGAGAUAACUUAGUGGUAAUUAAUUCUAUUAGGAGGGAGUGGCGUGUUCCUUGGGAGAUUACUAACAUCAUCGAGGAUGCAGGUCAUGAUAUCAAGAGGAUGGAGUUCUUCUCGGCCCAACACUGCUAUAGGGAGGCUAAUCAAGCGGCGGAUCUGUUAGCAAAUUGGGGCAAGAAUCAACACCAACUCUGGGUUUCUUCUUCGGAGUUUCCUCCGGGGCUUCCUCUUAUCAGCCGCAAGGAUGAGUUAGGUUUCGCUUCCACUAGAGUGUAA